AUGGCAGAGGCAAGUAGUAGUGGUGUUAGCGAAACAGACGAUGGCGCUCAGGAAACUGAAGCGGAAGAAUCGACGGCCGAGGAGGAGCUUGCCUCCAGGGCACCUGAAGAGUCCUCGGCUCCAACCCUACGUGCUGCAACUGAAGAAGCCCAGCAGCAUCAACCCAGCACGGAAAAAGUAGUGGAGGAAUCGGCAUGUCAGCCUCCAGCGGCAGCGGCAGCAGUUCCGCCAGCAGCAGAAGAAAUCGUGUCUCUAUCAGGGAUCAAAAUGGAAGCUGAAAAAGUGGGACAAGAAGCAGCCUCGUUGCCAGUGGGCCAACAUUCUCGUCCUGCAGAAGCAAGGGCAUCAUUAUCAGUUGCAGCACCCACUGUGACACCUGGAGCCGUCCAUGUCAUGACGUCUGCAGCUGCCAUGGAUUUAGUGGACGAUGUGGCACCCAUGGGAGCCAAUAGGGAAAAUGGUCAUACUAAUACUAGUAUCGGAGCUGAUCAAUCUACCAGUACCGGUACCAGUGAUCGAGAGAUGACAACAACUGCAGGGGAACAAUCGACGGCGGAGGAGCUUGCCUCGAGAGAACCCAAGGGGUCUUCGGCUCCAACCCUACCUGCUGCAACUAAAGAAGCCCAGCAGCAUCAACCCAGCACGGAAAAAGUAGUGGAGGAAUCGGCAUGUCAGCCUCCAGUUGCAUCAGCAGCAUCAGCGCCAGCCGCAGUGGCAGCAACAGCAAUACCAGAAGUCAUGUCUCUAUCAGGGAUCAAAAUGGAAACUGAAAAAGUGCGACAAUCAGUAGCCUCGUUGCCAGCUGGCCAAAAUGCUCGUGCUGCUGAACAACGGGCAUCAGCAGCAGCAGCGCCGCCAGCAAUACCAGAAGUCAUGUCUCUAUCAGGGAUCAAACGGGAAACUGAAAAAGUGCGACAAUCAGCAGCCUUGUUGCCAGAGGGCCAACAUUCUCGUGCUGCUGAACAACGGGCAUCAGUUGCAUCAGCUGCAGCACCCGCUGUGACACCUGGAGCCGUCCAUGUCAUGACGUCUGCAGCUGCCAUGGAUUUAGUGGAAGAUGUGGCACCCAUGGGAGCCAAUAUGGAAAAUGGUCAUACCAAUACUAGGAGUAUCCGUGCUGAUCAAUCUGCCAGUGUGGCAUCAACUCGUCACCAGCAAGCAGCAACACCCCAUGAACCCGGCGCCUAUCCACGAGUGCCUUCCUGGAGACGCUUUCGGGCAUCCUUUACGGGAGAAGAAUCCGCUGUUUUGGAGGGGCGCUCUUUGAUUUUUGGACUGGAACCCGGCGAUUCCGACUACAAUAUGUCGGCAUUGGAAGGGGGCAACAACGCGGGCUUGGUGCAGGCACAACCAGUGUCGCCGUCGUCAGCUUUCAUGGUACAGGCACAACCCGUCGAUCCAGCACAGGCACGACCAGUUACAACAGCGAGACGCAAGGAGACAUCGUCCCGUGCAGCACUUGUUCUACUCAUUGUGGUAGGCGGUUGUGUGGUGCUGGUAGCUGUGGGAGUGACAGUGUAUCUUCUACAACUGCAGCAGCAAAACGCAAACGACGAGGCUUCUUCUGCAACAAUGUCGCAAGUUGCCAGUAACACCACAACAGUCAGCAACGAAAUCGAGACGUGGAAUUUGGACUUUGUCGUUCCCAACAGCACACUCCAUGAAAUUUUCCAAAAUAACCACAACGGAACCACUCCUCAGUACCGGGCCUAUCAAUGGAUGAAACAAGAUCCAUACCUUGCCAAUUAUUCGCCGGCACGACAACGCCAACGAUUUGUCAUGGUGACACUCUACUAUGCCACUCACGGACAAGACUGGCUGCAUCAAGGUGGUGGAACCAUUUCCAUUGAAACGGAUGGAUCCUUGCGGCCACCACCACCGCCGUCAGGGACUCGGCCGAUGGAUACGGGUGGAAUUGGAAGUGGACCUCCACCCGGCGAACCCAAAAACGAUGGCUCUUCGAGCGUUUACAUCAAUAUUACCUCGGAGCCCUGGCUCAGCUAUGAGCAUUCGGAAUGCACCUGGUUUUCCACGGCGUCCUUUCGAACCCAUGAGGCAUGCGACGAAAAUCAGACUCUGACGUUCUUGGGCGUGAUGCAAAACAAUCUACAGGGGUCGUUGCCUCAGGAGCUUGGCUUGCUGACGGAUCUACGGGCGUUUGAAUUGGCCCGCAACCGCAUCGGAGGUCCUCUCAUCUCCCAGCUGGGUGCACUGACCAAGCUGGACAGAUUACACUUGUUCGACAAUGAAAUGACGGGAAAGGUGCCAUCAGAAAUUGGUCGUCUCCGUGCCAUGUUCAAGUUUGGCUUGCUCCAAAAUCAGUUCACGGGCAGCCUUCCAGCUGAGUUGUUUCGUCUAUCCAAUUUGGGGGAAAUUAAGAUCAGUUGGAAUUUCUUUACCGGCAGAUUACCGUCGGACUUGGGCGUGCACUCGAAACGUCUCCGAGACCUCCAGAUUCCACACAAUCAGUUCUCGGGUCCCAUUCCAUCCUGUAUAGGUCUCUUGACGGGUUUGAUGUCAAUCAUUCUCCACGAAAACAGGUUUGAGUCCUCGUUGCCCACCGAGCUGGGGAAUGCCAAGCAGCUCCAGAGGUUGCUGGCACCAGACAACCUUCUCACUGGAACUCUGCCAUCCGAGCUUGCUCAACUAGAGGACUUGCAGCAAAUCAAUUUGGAAGGAAACGUUGCGAUUGUGGGGACCCUACCCCAGGAGCUACGGCUUUUGAACGACACACUCAGGGUGCUGAAGAUUGCAGACACGCAAAUAUCUGGGACGAUUCCGGAAGAACUUUGCCACGUGAGCAUCCUAAGUUUUGACUGCUCUUCAUCUCUGUGUGGUUGUGACUGUCCUUGUGGGUAACAGCGUAACAGCUCAUAGAAACAGGUUAUAGAGGAAGGGAGAAAACGCUUCCUUGCUUUUCAAAAGGAAUUCACUUUCAGCUGCCUCCUUGGUUUGCAUAUUAGUUGGUGUUGGGUUGGGUUGGCUGGUACCUACGAGAUCAAACUAGCUAUAGACGCCUCCAUCUUCGGUAGUUACCACUGUGAUCCGAGAUCAAUUAAUUGCAGUACCGUACUGGCCCCAGUACCCUUAUCUUUAGGGAGCUCCUUUUUUAAAAGCAUAAAAAAGUCCAUUUGGUGG